CAUCCUGGUGACCAGCGGUGGCGCAGUGGAGCAGGAGCCCGGCCGGGAAACAAGCAGCAGCAGCAGCAGCAGCUUCCAGUCAAACUGCACCGGCUGAGCACAGAGGAGCAGCGGGCUGAGCAGCUCUAACUUCGGACUACAGGACAACAUCUGGACCGCACUGCAAUGCUGCUGCAGGGAGCGCACUCGGCUGUUUAUGUUGCACUUUUAUAUUUUCUGGAUCCCACUUUGGUGCUCGCCUUCAACCUGGACACCACUCAUGUCAUCAGGAAAAACGGAGAGCCGGGGAGUCUGUUCGGGUUUUCUCUUGCCAUGCACCGGCAACUGAACCCGGAUAAAAGAAUGCUUUUGAUUGGUGCCCCCAGAGCCAGAGCUUUGGGAAAACAGACCGCCAACAUCACAGGAGGCCUCUAUAAAUGUGAAAUUACCCAGUCCAAUGAUUGUGAGCGCAUUGAAUUUGACACUGAAGAGGACAUAUCCAUUGAGAACAAGGAGAAUCAGUGGAUGGGGGUGACGGUCCAGAGCCAGGGUCCUGGAGGAAAGAUUGUGACAUGUGCUCACCGCUAUCAGAGGCGCUUGUUUGUGAACACCCCCCAGGAGUCCCGUGACAUCACAGGGCGCUGCUAUGUCCUGAGUCAGGACUUGACCAUUGAUUUGGCCUCUGAUGAGGACGGUGGCAACUGGAAAUUCUGCGAGGGCAGAACAAGAGGCCAUGAGAGGUUUGGAUCCUGCCAGCAGGGUCUGGCUGCCACCUUCACCAAGGACUACCAUUAUGUGGUGUUUGGAGCACCAGGAGCUUACAACUGGAAAGGUAUUGUGCGAGUGGAACAAAAGAACAACACUUUGCUGGAAAUGGGAGUGUAUGAUGACGGCCCUUAUGAAGUUGGAGAUGAGAAUCUCUUUAACCCUGACCUUGUGCCCGUACCUGCCAACAGCUACCUCGGAUUCUCCCUUGAUUCGGGACACAGUGUCACCAGGAACCGUGGCCUAACAGUGGUGGCUGGAGCUCCCAGAGCCAAUCACAGUGGAGCUGUGGUCCUGUUGAAAAAAGACAGCAAAAGCUCCACCAGUCUCUCUAAGGAGCAUACACUGUACGGGCAAGGACUGGCAUCCUCUUUUGGAUACGACGUGGCUAUAGUGGACCUGAAUGCGGAUGGAUGGCAAGACAUAGUUGUAGGAGCCCCACAGUUCUACAUGAAGGACAGAGAUGUUGGUGGGGCUGCUUAUGUUUAUAUCAACAAGGCGGGAAGGUGGGACAGGGUCACUCCUCUCCGUCUCAAUGGAACCAAAGAUUCAAUGUUUGGACUGGCAGUGGAGAACAUUGGAGACAUCAAUCAAGACUCAUAUGAAGACAUCGCCAUUGGAGCUCCCUACGCUGACGGCGGGGCAGGAAAAGUCUACAUUUAUCACGGGUCUGCAAAAGGAAUCAACACCAGCCCUGCACAGAUCCUUUCAGGAAAAGAUCAUAACAUCCGAAUGUUUGGAUAUUCUCUGGCCGGGAACAUGGACCUGGACAGCAACUCUUAUCCAGACCUGGCUGUAGGCUCUCUGGCAGACACAGCUCUAAUCUACAGGGCACGGCCUGUCAUUAGCAUCCGCAGAGAUGUCAAAGUAUCUCCACAGGAAAUUGACCUCACAAUCAAAACCUGUGGUAACAGCAUUUGCCUCACUGUGGACGUGUGCUUUGCCUACAAAGCAAACCAUGCAUCUUACAACCCCAGAAUAACUAUCAGCUAUUCUGUCGAGGCGGACGGAGACAGCAGGAAACAAGGGCUGCCCUCCAGAGUGAUGUUCUUGAACAAAUCCCGCACCGAAACAGACUACCAGUUUAACGGCACCGUGGACCUCCGUGGCCAAAACCAGGACACGUGCGUCAAGAUAAAAGCUAAACUAAAGGACAAUAUUAAGGACAAGAUGCGUAGCGUUCCUAUUGAGGUGUCUGCAGAAAUCAUGAGUACUAAGCGUCACAAGGCAAAGAACGGCCUCCCCCAGCUUAUGCCCAUAUUGGACUCCUCUCAACCGAGCAAAGAAGUCAUUGAGGUUAACUUUGUAAAAGAGGGAUGUGGAAAUGAUCAUAUUUGUCGGAGUAACCUGAAGAUGGACUACAAAUUAUUCUACAAACAAAACAACAAAGACAUCAAAGACAUUUACACUCCAUUACCCAUCGAGAACAACAUCCCUGUGUUUUAUCUGAAUUACGAGAGAAAGGACUUGGCUCUGCGGGUGACAGUGAACAACAUGAAUGGAGACGACGCCUAUGAGGCAAAGCUGGUGUGCUCGGUCCCAGAUACUCUGUCAUAUUCUGGAGUCCGCUCACAGCAGAUGAUGGAAAAGCAGAUUAUCUGUGUUGCCAAUCAGAACGGCUCUCAGGCGGACUGUGAGUUGGGGAACCCUUUUAAGAGAGACUCAGAGACUUCAUUUUACAUCAUCCUGAGCACUGUGGGUAUGACUCUGGACACCACAGAGAUCGACAUUGACCUGCAGCUCCAAACAACCAGCGUACAAAAAAAUAUUGGCUCUGUGAAAGUAAAAGCCAAAGUGAUGAUUGAAUUGCCGUUGUCGGUCAGUGGGGAAGUCAGCCCUAAUUCGGUGUCUUUUGGAGGUUCUGUGAAAGGAGAAAGUGCCAUGAAGACAGAAGAAGAGAUUGGAAGUUUGAUUAACUAUACAUUCAGAAUAAAUGACUUGUGGAAGUCGUCUGUCAAAGCAUCACUACACAUCAAGUGGCCCAAAUGGAACAAAGAUGGGAAAUGGCUUCUGUACCUGGUGAAGAUCACUGCUAAAGGAGGAACAGAGGACAUCUUUUGCUCUCCUGAGUCUGAGAUCAACUCUCUCAAACACAUCCAGGAGUCCUCUGCAUCCAGGACAAAACGGGAAAUUGGAGAAAUAAAAACUGGUCGCAAAAAGUCCUCACUGUCAGGCAAAAAGAAGGUUUUGUCGUGUGAGAAUGGGCUCAAAUGUGUGGAGUUCAAGUGCCCCCUGCAGGGAUUGGACGGUACAACAGUGGAGCUGAGAUCUCGUCUGUGGAACUCGACCUUUCUUGAGGAUUACGCUUCUCUUUCGUCCUUGGAUAUCAUUGUGAAGGCCUUGCUCGUGCUUCAUACUCAGGCUAAAAACAUGAUCCUGAGAACGCCUGACACUGACGUGAUACUGAGGGUGUCUCCAGAAAAUGUAGUUGCACAGUAUGGAGGAGCUCCCUGGUGGAUCAUACUGGUGGCGGUUCUCGCAGGCAUCUUGAUUUUGGCGUUGUUGGUAUUUCUACUCUGGAAGUGUGGAUUCUUCAAACGCUCCAAGCAAGAUGACAAUGUCCCUCGAUACCACGCUGUGCGAAUAAGAAAGGAAUGUCCUCAGUAUACAGAUGGACAAGUCAAGCUGGAUACUUUUGAGAAAAAACAGUGGAUGACAACUUGGGUCGAUAAUGAAAGUUACUCGUGAACAAUUUUUCUGUUAGAUGAUUUAACAGGGAUAACCUGUUUUUUUUUUCUUAAAUAGUGUCACAAGCCACAAACCCACUGAACCUUGUUUUUUUGUUAAUUUGGUGAACAUGAAAAAUGUAUCAUGUCAUCAUCAUCAUGUCUUUCAAGUUUUACACUGUAUAGAUGAUUAAAUGUCUUUUUGUAUGUUUUGUAUAUAUUUAAAUACUUCUGCACACUGUAUAUUUAUUUUUUUUUUGAUAAAAAACAGUUUCAUUCAGCCAAAGAGUUUUUUUCAGUCUUAUUUUUGCCCUGCAAGCAGAACAAGAAAGGGGCAAAGUUUGCUACUGAUUUUAAGGAGGCGUAAUGUCUGAAACCUUACCGGACGUAAAUCUAUGCAAAGAAGGUACAGCUAGCUAAGACUCUUAUGAAUGUAAAUCAAUAUAAAUUUUGAUGUUUAGUGUUUGACAUUUGGAUAUAUUAUCAUGAAAAAUGUACAAAUGACCGCAGCUGACUCAAAAUGCGAGCAGAGGCCUAUUUUCACUAUUGUGGCAUCCAGGUAGCAUCCACUGUACUGUAGGUCAUCACUGAAGCGAAGAUAACUCUUUUUGUUCCAUGUGAGGAAUCCAAAGGGAACAUAGUAAAAAGAAAAAAGCACCUGAAUUGUGACUUUUUAAAGAUUUAAUGAAUAGUGUCUUGUUGAACUGUCAAGUGUAAUAAAAAUGCCUAAAAACUGAGUGCUACUGUUGAAUUUCAUUACCAUUAGUGUAUCCUGUAUACAAGUAGAGCUGCAAUUAAUGAUUGAUUAAUUCUUUCUUUUAAUGAUUUUUUGAUUUAGAAAACGUCAAAAUAGUGAAACAUUUCCAACUGCCCAGUUUGAUAUUUUCAGUCAGUACAGAGACCAAAAAUAUUCUGUUUACUAUCAUAUAAAUCAAAGAAAAGUAGCAAAACAUCACACUAAGAAACUGGAACAAAGGAAUGUUUGGUAUUGCUU